AAAGACAUGACAUAAAGCUGACUUCAAGUCGGAGCGUAUUUGUGAAGGGUUUUUUACCAAAUCUUGUCGUCGAGACAAUUGCAAAUUGGUACAUAACAUAAACGGAUUGCCAUAUAUUUGGCAAGCAAAGCUUAAGGACAAAUGGACAAACAUUCCGAACUGCGAAAAUUUGGAAGCGAUGUUUUGCAAACCAAAAAAUGAAGAGUCGGACAUCAUCGCCUGGAAUGAUUUUAACGAAGAAAAAACAACAACAAUGUCUGUUUCGUUUGAUCCAGUGCUGAAGGGCAAGGUUUAUGACAGCGAAAUCACAGAAGCCGAGACAAGACGUCUAUCUACCAUGCCGUACAUUCAUGGAAAAGCAAAAACGGAUAGUUUCAAGACACAGUGGAGAUGGUUUUGGAAAGACAAUGUUGGCAGAUAUAUUCUUUUUGAACCUGACACACUGCAGUAUACAAUUGAAGCCAAAUUUCUUGCGAAACAGAAAAAAUAUUUGUAUGUUAAGGAUAAUAACCAGUACAGGAUUGACUUCGAAGGAAUGAUACAGCGCCGAUUAUACAGAACAACGUCAAACAGGAUUAAACGACGCCCUAUAUUUGUAAGCUCGAAAGACAUUGAAGAAAAAAUGUUUCCUAUAUCACUCGCAGUUCAGACUGUGAAUGUUCCUCGUCCAACUUCGUGGAUGCCUUGGGACCUUUUUCAGCCUUUCGAGCUAGUAGAGCUUCGAAACAAUGAAAAACAGUUUACUUCGGUGGCGGAAAAUUUCUACGAAACCUUAGACAAAGAGCAGCAAAUUAUUCGUCGAAUAUACAGAGUGCAAAAUUGGAAACUGUGGUCUUCAUUAUGCCACCACGAGGAAAGAAUGCUGAUGUCACAAAGUGAUCACUCCUCAACGCUUGACAAACGGAACCUGUACCAUGGAACUGAUUCUGACGACGCAAUUCGAGGAAUCUGCACUAACAACUUUGACUUCCGCUUAUCCGGCAAGAACGCGACUCGACAUGGACAUGGGGUGUACUUUGCUAGUAAUGCCAAAGACAGCCAUCUUUACACUAACCCGCCGAUGAGAUACAUGUUUCAAGCCGUUGUUUUGGUAGGGAGUUACACGCAAGGUAAGCCCGAAUAUCGCAGACCUCCUCCAAAGCCCGGGGGCCAGCACGAACUGUACAAUUCAUGCGUCGAUAACAUGGAUAAACCUCGAUUUUUCGUCGCUUUUGAGAAGACGCAAUAUUAUCCAGAGUUCUUGAUUCAGUACUGCGACAAGAGAGACAUCCCCGUUACCACAACGACGUCGUCUCCUUCAUCGGAUGACGCUGACCCACACACUUGCUGUUUACAAUAA